GGACAAGGCACUGAGAGACUGAACGCCUGGCAUUCCAGGGGGAGGGAAACGCAGCGGCAUCCCCAAGCUCCAGAACCAUCUGGAGACAGCCUCUGGCUGAGCAUGGCCCUCCCAGCCCUGGGCCUGGACCUCUGCAGCCUCCUGGGUCUUUUCUUCUUCCAACUGCUCCUGCUGCUGACGACAACUACUGCCGGGGCUGUUGGGCAGGGGCCCAUGCCCAGGGUCAAAUACUAUGCAGGGGAUGAACGCAGGGCACUUAGCUUCUUCCACCAUAAGGGCCUCCAGGAUUUUGACACUCUGCUUCUGAGUGAUGAUGGAAACACUCUCUAUGUGGGGGCUCGAGAAGCCAUUCUGGCCUUGGAUAUCCAGGAUCCAGGGGUCCCAAGGCUGAAGAACAUGAUAUCCUGGCCAGCCAGUGACACAAAAAAGAGUGAAUGUGCCUUUAAGAAGAAGAGCAAUGAGACACAGUGUUUCAACUUCAUUCGUGUCCUGGUCCCGUUCAAUACGACUCAUCUCUAUGCCUGUGGCACUUUCGCCUUCAGCCCUGCUUGUACCUUCAUUGGACUCCAAGAUUCCCACCUGUUGCCCAUCUCAGAAGACAAGGUCAUGGAGGGGAAAGGCCAAAGCCCCUUUGACCCCGCCCACAAGCACACAGCUGUUUUGGUGGAUGGGAUGCUCUAUUCUGGCACCAUGAACAAUUUCCUGGGCAGUGAGCCCAUCCUGAUGCGCACGCUGGGAUCCCAGCCUGUCCUCAAGACCGACACCUUCCUCCGCUGGCUGCAUCCGGACGCCUCCUUCGUGGCAGCCAUCCCUUCGACCCAGGUCGUCUAUUUCUUCUUCGAGGAGACAGCCAGCGAGUUUGACUUCUUUGAAAAGCUCCACACAUCCCGGGUGGCUCAAGUCUGCAAGAAUGACGUUGGAGGCGAAAAGCUGCUGCAGAAGAAGUGGACCACCUUCCUGAAGGCCCAGCUGCUUUGCGCCCAGCCUGGGCAGCUGCCCUUCAAUGUCAUCCGCCACGCGGUCCUGCUGCCCGACGAUAUUUCCACCGCUCCCCGCAUCUAUGCAGUCUUCACCUCCCAGUGGCAGGUCGGUGAGACCAGGAGUUCUGCAGUUUGUGCCUUUUCUCUCACGGACAUUGAGCAUGUCUUUAUGGGGAAGUACAAGGAAUUGAACAAAGAAACUUCACGCUGGACUACUUACAGGGGCCAUGAGACCUACCCCCGGCCAGGCAGUUGCUCAGUGGGCCCCUCCUCCGACAAAGCCUUGACCUUCAUGAAGAACCAUUUCCUGAUGGAUGAGCAGGUGGUGGGGACGCCCCUGCUGGUGAAGUCUGGUGUGGAGUACACACAGCUUGCGGUGGAGACAGCCCAAGGCCUUGAUGGGCACAGACACCUGGUCAUGUACCUGGGCACCACCACGGGGUCCCUCCACAAGGCUGUGGUGAAUGAGCACAGCAGUGCUUAUCUGGUGGAAGAGAUUCAGCUGUUCCCUGACCCUGAACCUGUUCGCAAUCUGCAGCUGGCUCCCACCCAGGGCGCACUGUUUGUAGGCUUCUCAGGAGGUGUCUGGCGGGUGCCCCGCGCCAACUGUAGUGUCUAUGAGAGCUGCGUGGACUGUAUCCUUGCCCGGGACCCCCACUGCGCCUGGGACCCUGAGUCCCGAAUCUGCCGCCUCCUGUCUACCCCCAACAUGAACUCCUGGAAGCAGGACAUGGAACAAGGAAACCCAGAGUGGGCAUGUGCCAAUGGCCCCAUGGGCAGGAGCCCCUGGCCUCGGAGCCGCCCGCAAAUCAUUAAAGAAGUCCUGGCUGUCCCCAACUCCAUCCUGGAGCUCCCCUGCCCCCACCUGUCAGCCCUGGCCUCUUACCGCUGGACUCAUGGCACUGCAGCAGUCCCAGAUGCCUCUUCCACGGUCUACAAUGGCUCCCUUCUGCUGAUCCUGAGGGAUGGAGGUGGGGGCCUCUACCAGUGCAUGGCCACCGAGAACGGCUUCUCAUACCCUGUGGUCUCCUACUGGGUGGACAGCCGGGAGCAGUCCCUGGCCUUGAAUCCUGAACUGGCAGGCAUUCCCCGGGAGCGUGUGGAGGUCCUGCUGACCAGGGGCAAUGACGGGGCUGCCCUCGCUGCCCAGCGGUCCUACUGGCCCCACUUUCUCACUGUCACUGUCCUCCUUGCCUUAGUGCUUUCAGGAGCCCUCAUCAUCCUCCUUGUCUCCCCGCUCGGGGCACUCCGGGCUCGGGGCAAGGUCCAGGGCUGUGGAACCCUGCCCCCCGGAGAGAAGGCCCCAUUGAGCAGGGAGCAGUGCCUCCAGCCCUCCAAAGAAUGCAGGACCUCUGCCAGUGAUGUGGACGCUGACAACAACUGUCUGGGCACUGAGGUGGCAUAAACUCUGGACACAGGCUAGGGCUGUUGGGUAGAGCAGGCACCUGGCCAUGCUGGCUGGGGGCCCUGGAGCAGUGCAGCUCUGAGUAGGGUGGGAGAAGCACAAAAGCCCACCUUCCUCCCAUGAGAGGAGCUACUCCUGCUGCUCUGAACCACUGAUAGCGCUCAGGGGGCCUUGCACAGCAGCCUGCCUCCCCUGUGGGACUCCCUUCUACCAAACACAUGGGGUCUCUGAUGGGCGGCUGCCCUCGGACCUGCACCUGCGCUAUGACAGGAGGACCUGGAGAGGAUCCUUCAGUCCUGACCAUUCCAGAUACCCUCCAGAAACAUACUGCUCCAGGAGACCCUCAAAAACCUGACUGUUCCAGGACCCUGUGAUAAUAAACACCAAACAUCUAAACAACUAUAGGCUAACAUACCACUCCUGGAAACUUCAUUCUGAAAGCAGCUGCCACCUUGGACACCAACACUCCCCUCUUCCAGGGGUCUCUAGGGUUCUGCGGAGAUCUGCCCCCUCCUGCUCUCCUUAUCAGCCAUGUACCGCUGACUCCCAGGAAGUAUUUCCUGAAGUCUGACCACAUUCUUUCUUCAGUUGGGGCAGAUUCUGAUCCUUUCUGUCCUGGCUAGAAUGGCAGGCGUAAUCUGAGCCUUGUUCACUCCUUUAUCCUGGCUGACCCCUUGACUUCUCUCCUCUUCCCUUCCCUUUGUUUUGGGAUUCAGAAAACUGCUUGUCACAGACAGUUUAUUUUUUAUUAAAAAGACAAAACUUA